UACAGAAAAUAAUGAUGGCUGAUCUUUGUGGCAUUAGUCAUCGCUCAAUUUCGUAUGUUUUUAUCGGUGUUGCAGUUUUUAUACAAUUGAAGAUAUUAUUUUUCGUUACAUGUAUGCAUUAGGUAAUAUUUAAAUAAUGGAUGACUCUAACAAGUUUGCUUCUGGAAUGAAACACACCUUUUUUCAACAAGAAGGUUAUAAUGAUGAGAAGCCUGCAGAAACAAGAAAACCCAGUUCUUAUAACAUAUUAAAGCCAAAUCCACCUCCACCACUACCUGGGGUAUUCGUUUUUGACCGUCCAAAUCAUCAUAGAAAUAUACACAACAUAGACUCGAACUUCAACAAUGCGAUAAAACCGUCAGCUUCUACAACCAUUGAUAGUUUUUGUGGGGAUAGUGUACUUGCUUUUGGAAAAACAGGGAUAAAUGGGCCUCCCAUGCAUGAGAUGUUUGGAAAUCAAAAUGAGUUCCAGUCUCAAUCGCUUACAAUGUAUGAUUAUUCUAUACAUUCUGAUCAUAAAGGAUUAAAACCAUUGCAGCCUACAUUACAAAGUGUUGAUUGUAUGUUACCUUCAGAUUCAUGUGUAUACCAGUCUCUCCAACCUGUCUCCCAAGAUCUGUUUGAUGUCUUACCCCAUGCAGGGCCCAAAGUGUAUCAACAACUACAAACAGUGUCUCGGAAUGAUUAUAGAGUGGAAACAGAAAGACUUUCUGAGCAAAAGAUUUAUCAACAACUUACCCCUGUUUCUUUGAGUGGAAAUAUGUUGCAAAAAGAGGAGUCUCGGAUUUAUCAACAGCCAAAUUCUGUUAAUAGGUCAGGUACACCGCACAGAGAGUUUAAGUCAUUUUCAGAACUUCAGCCAGUUGUCCCAAAUUAUAAACCCCCAGAUUAUAUCCAUUCUAAACUUUACCAGCAACUUCGUAAACCUCCAAAGAAAGAAUCAAGACCACAUUAUCAGGAAGAUGUCAAAACAUAUCAUCAGCUUAGGCCAGUUACUGUUAGUGAUUUUGAAAGUCCUCAACAUACGAAUUAUAAGCAAGUGAACCAAUAUACAUAUACAAAUGACUCGAGUAGGGCUAAUGUCUCAGUUAGUUCUAACAAAUACCAUCAACUGCAAAAUGUAGGUAAUUCAAAACUCUCAAAGUUACAUCAGAACAUUCAAGAUUCAAAUGUUAUUAAUGCUACCCCCAGUCCUUCACCUCAUGAUCAUCUUAAUAGGAAGUCACCUUUGGAUUUGCAGACAAAAAAUACAAAUAAAAGUCAUGAACAAGUGAAUUUCCAGACAAAUAAACCCAAAAUAUAUCUUGAACCAAGAAACCCAAGUGUGAGACACCAAAUGGAAACAUCAGGAAGUCACCACAGGCCAAUUCUCUCCAAUGACCCUCUCUAUAGAGCAGUCACAUCGAAUUAUGAAGCAAAUUAUCAAGAAGUUUGUCCAUUACCAGACACACAGUUGCCUAUAAAGACUGGAAAUAAACCCAAAAACAGUAACAUCAAACUACCAAGUCCUUACGAGUUCAAUUUACCACAGAGUAAUGCUCCAAACAAAUACAAACUGCCUAAAAUUCUGGACCCAAAUGAGUAUGAUUCUCCUCAGCAUAUUGUAAAGACAACAGGGUCAGUUGUAAGUACACAGAUUAUUCAGAAUUUUGGGUCUCCUAAUAAUUGCAUUGUGUCUAGUACAUCUAAAAACUCCUACUCUAAUAACUUUACUGAAUUGACACCUACAAAACAACCCGUACCUCUUUCAUUACCAAAAGCUCCAGUAUGUUACGGUGAUGCAGGUGUCAACAAUGGCAGAUAUAGGGAGGCCAACUCUUUCUUUGAUGAGAAAAAAAAUCUAUCAUCAGCUAAUGCUUCAUUGGUUUCAAUUCCUUCAAGUUCUUCAGCAUUCCAAGUACAAUCAAGUAUUUCUUCAAAUAUCUCAAAAACUGUUGAUGUUAAUAUCAUAGAUACAACACCUCCAAAUAAUAUCUCAACUCGUGGAGCAAACCGUGUAUUAAAGAAAUCAGCCAAUGAAAAUCAUCCGGAGUACAAAAGAUCAAACUUGCCUAACAGCCAGCUCACCUUAAAUGGGAAAGAAUCAGAAAAAUCACUUUCUUCUCCUAAAGCUAUAAAUCUUACUUGUAGUUCGGAGAGCAGCAUCGAGACUUCUAAAGAAUCAUUUCACCCAAACAAUGAAAAUUACAAAAACAUUUUGUGUACACAAACUUUAGACCAAGUAAUGUGCGAGAAUAAAACUAUGCCUGAAUUAAACAAAAACAGUGUAAUAAAGAACAAAGGGCCAGUUCCACCAAUUAACAUGAAAAAUAUUGAGAUGGAAAUUAAUAAUGGGCAAGGUUCAGUAACAACAGUAGAGGUUAAUAGAGAGAAAAGUGUUGAAUCAUCACUUAACAAUCAAAACAUUGACGUUGUGUCAUCCUCAAGCAGUGUAAGUGAACAUAAUAAUUACGCUCAUAAUGAAGUGACACUUAAUUCUUUUAUUGAAUCUUCUUGUGUCCAACCUAUGCCUCUUUCAAACGACUCUAAAAAUCCAACUAUAAGCACACAGAUUGCUGAUAAAUGUAUUGUAGCUGAGAACAUUUCUACUAAAUCAACAGUAUUGCCUACUUCUACAAAUAUUCCACCCAAAUGUGUUGUUUCACCAGAAGAAAAUAAAAAUGAAUUAGAACAUGCUGCUGAGAAAGCUGUUGAUUACAGUAUGAAAGAUUUCUCCACUGGAUGUAAAUCAAUAAUUCCACUGAGUAAAGCAGAUGAUCUUCCUAUUGAUAAACCUGCUGUUAUGAAAAGAAAAUAUAAUAAGAGAAUAAAAUCUCCAGAACCUAAUGAAAAUAAAUUUAAAAAAAGGAAAUACAAGAAAACUCCACGUUUAAAAAUUUCAAAAUUUAAGGACUUGGAAAAUGAAUUAACAGUUCAAAACAACACGAAUGAGGAAAUUGUAGACGGCUUCAAAGGUUUUGAUGUAGCUGACCAAAUAUCUGUGAAAAAUAAACAAAAAAUAAUAUUGUCAGUUAUUUCUAUAGAUAGUGUAGCUGUCACAGAAGAUCCAGGAAAACAUAAUCAAAGUGUACUCCCCCUAAAAACUGUGUAUCCUGAGCGAAAGAAAAGAAAGUAUACAAGAAGAGCAAAACUAUUACCAGAUGAUGAACAUAAAACAACUGACAUUUCACACAGAACACCUGCCAGUUGUAGAAAAGAAAAGGAAGAAGACAGUGGAAAGGAAUUAGAAAAGAGCUCGUUCAAUACAUCUCCACAAACAGUAAAAAUAAAGUAUGAGUUCUUGGACCCUCUAGAGGAAGGCUUGAUAAGUGAUAACGAUGAUGAGGAAGUGGUAUUCUUGGGAUUUGAUAUUCCAAUAGAAGAAGAUGAUACUAUACUUGGAUUUGAUGUGGACUCAACAAAAGAUUGUUUAGAUCCUAUAAGUUCUCUGUUGGGACAGUUAGAGGCGGCGUCAGUGACAGUGGAGUGUGAUCCCCGCUCUCUGCUGCAGGCCCCUUCCUCCACCACUACCUGCCUCGAAUGUGGCAAGAUCUUUGACAACCAUGUGGAGUUGGUGGAGCACAUGCAGUGGCAUGCUGCCAUCCAGAGUCCCCACACUCAUUCCUUUGUCUGCUCUGUCUGCUUCCGAGGAUUUUCAAGUUCUGACCAGCUGGCCAAGCAUGUUAAAUGGACCCAUGAAGGAGGCAAGAAGUAUUCGUGCCCGGUUUGUCCUAAACGGUUCACCACCAGCUAUUAUGUUAAGAAACACGUAGAUACAGUACACUCUCAUAAGCAAUCCAAGAAAGGGAUGAUAAGCAUGUAUUUUUGUGCAGAAUGUCCUCUUAAGUUUGCUUCAGAAGCAUUGUUGAAAUCACACGAAGAUAAGGUUCAUAAAAAGGCUCUAUACCAGUGUGAUAAGUGUUUGAAGUACUUUGUGAAGUACCCCAACUUACAGCGGCACAAAUUAUCACACACCGGUGAAAGUCAAGGCUUUACUUGUGCCUACUGCAACCAAGUAUUCAGUUCUCGAAAACUCCUUCACGCUCACUGGCCUGUUCAUUCUGAUAAAAGUAUAUAUAAAUGUGAAAUCUGUGACAGUACAUUUACAGCAGUAAACUCCUUAAAGAGGCAUAAAAUGAUGCAUUCUGAAGAGAAACUGUUUCGGUGUGAGAUAUGUCAGAAAUCCUUUAGCUUACUGAGUACACUGAAAACUCAUCUUUUGAUUCACACUGGAGCUCGACGAUUUCAAUGCAAACUUUGUGGUAAAAGUUUUAACCGUCAGGAUGUUCUCAAUGCUCAUCAAUGGGUCCACACAGGGGAAAAGAGGUUUCAAUGUGACAUUUGCUUGGAGAAGUUUAGAUGGAGACAUGCUGUUAAGUCUCACAAGUUGAUUUACCAUACCAAGGAAAAGCCUCAUAUCUGUGAAGUAUGUGGAAAGCGGUUUAGCCAUCCGGACUCUUUUAAGAAACAUGCCGAAGUUCAUUCUGAAAAGAUGUUUUACUGUCAAGUUUGUCUGAAAGCAUUUUCCCGUCCGAGCACUCUCAAAGCUCACAUCCUAAUACACACAGAUCUAAAACCAUUCUUCUGUGAUGUGUGCAAUAAGGCUUUUCGUAGCAAGAGUCAUCUUCGAAAUCACUUCUUGGUUCACACGAAAGAAAAGCCUUGGCUGUGCAAGUUUUGUAACAAGACCUAUAAGGACCGCAUUCAGCUUCGAAGACACAAACGUGUUGUUCACUGCAAAGCCUUCUACAAAAAAGUGCUACCUGAAUUACCAGAAGACUCGAAGUCAAUUAUGACUGCAAAUGAAAAGGUAACAUUUGAAAAUCAACAGUUGCCCUUGGAGAGUACUCUUCAUUCAGAAGAUGGUGUUUCUCAGCCAUCUGAACAUUUCAUUUUGUUGAAAGAUUGUCAUCCAAAGGAAGGCGAAAAUGUUAAAGAUAUUUAGAUCUUUAAUCAUUUGGAACAUAUUCAGUUAUCAUUAAGCUGUUUCUACGUGAAGAUUGUUUAUCAGUUAACAUAUAUUAUAACAUGAAUUAAUUUUAGCAUUCAGGCUUGAGGAUAAUGUUAAUUUAUAACUUGUUAAACAUUCAGUUAUUAUAGUAAAUAUAAAAUAAAACAAGUUUAAAAAUUAUUAGGUUUUUUACUUUUUAAUGUAAUAUGAUCAUAAAUGUAAUUGUUAUAUGGAUAAGAAACACCUUUUUGAGGCUGGAUAUUGAAUGGGGACCAAAACUCUUUGAUUUAUUUGGGCAAAAACUAAUUUUUUAUUCUUAUUUAAUCACAUUAUUUCUCCCAAUGAUAAAUCUUUUGUGGAAAAUAUGAAAUAAAGUUACUUUGAGUCGAUUUGUAUCAAGUUGUAAUAUGAAUUCCAUGUAACUAUGAUAAUUAUUAACUAUAUUUGGGGUAUUUUAAAACUGUUGAAUAUUUUUAUUAUAACUGCAGAAGAUAAAAAAAAAUCGUUAGUAAAUUAAUAGUUUUCAAAUUAAGAAAUGACUACCUUAUUUGUUAAAAAUAGUUGUUAAGUUUAUUUAGGUUUGUUAUAUUUUGGAAUUUAGUUUAUUAAGAUCUACGUAUUUUAUUGAUUUUAACUUCAAAGUUUAAGUUCAAAGUUAAUACCAGGAAAAUAUUAACAAGAAUAUGUCAAAUUAGUAAUGUUACAACAUUUUUGUAUUUUACUGUUGUUAAUGCACAAUAAAAGUUAUAUUUUGUAGUUAUUACUGUGUAAAAGAAUUAUACAACAAAAGUAAGAUACUUUUACUAUCAAACAUAUUAUAAUCCUUAGUUAAUUGAGUUGACCAUCUAAUGUUACCAUAAAACCUUGAGCCUUUGUUCAUAAAAAUGUGGAAUUAUUUGUUACAACUUGACUUUUAAAAUAGCAAAUGUUCAUUUAUUACUUCUUUAUUAAGUUAACAGAUUAUUUGAAAGUUAUGCAAGCUGAAUUUUUCAGUUUGAGCUGAGGCUAGCUUUUAUUUACAAUUAAUUGUUGUUCUAAAUCAUACAGUGUCCUAUUCAGCAACUGUUGAUACGGAUUGAAUCCAUAUCUUGUAUUAGUUUAUUGCUUGCGUUAUGCAUAACUUUAAAGAAUUGCAACAAAAAAGGAUCUAGAUUUAAAUUCCAGUUUAAAUUACUUUGUUCUUCUACUACGUGACUAGUUCUAUGACAAAUUUAACAAACAACACAAUUGAACUGUCAGUAACAUAAAGCAAGUAGUAGUAAGUCGGGGAUCGUUAGUUCAAGGUACUUUGUGGCUAUAUAAAAAACAAUCAUCCUUUUAGAAUCCCUUACAUUAAAACAUAGUUUAAUGUCAAUAAUAAAUUGUAAGUAAAAGCUACUCUCACCUAGUCAAUAAUUUACCACUCCAAUAUGAAUAACAGAAGCUUGCUUUUUGUUGGGUCUUGUUUGUAUUUACUCCCUUUUGUUGCAGUUACCAAAUUUCACAUUAUUUUUGUAUUUUCUUAUUUAAUACAGAUUCUAGUAAGGAAACUUAUAUUGUAAUAUUACAUUUGCAAAAAUUGUUGUAUUCUUUAGAGUAUAACUUGAAAGCAGUUUUAUUGUAAGAGGAUAUAUGUUUUCUCAUUUAUUUACAUUAUAACAUUCCUCUAAUUAUUGUUAACCUCUGCUGGUCUAAUUAGUGGUGUGAGCAUUUCUAUAUCUGAGCAAAUAGUAAAUCACAAAGAAAUCAAAGGAAAAUGAGGAAAUUAAUUCAGUAAAAUAGAUUUAGAUGAACUAUAUUUUCAUUUAAUUAUUAAUCAAGUUUUUAUUAAUUGUUUUUCAAUUGAAUGAGUGUAAUGUUGAGUUUUAUAAAGAUUUUAUUUAGUCCCUUUAGCAUGACCCAUUUAAAGGUUCUACUUUUGCGUAUUCACACGGUUAGUCCAUCUAAUAUUGUAGCCUAAGGUUGAAACUGUUUAAUUCAGAUGUAACAAGUAACAAGCACACCUGAAAUGUUGUAUUUUAGCUAAAGUAGUUUAUUUCCACACAUUAUAUCAAUAUGUACAGUUUUCAUCAAUGUUUUUAUUAGGUAAACCGUUUUAAAAACAUAAGUGUUAAAAAAUUUUAUAAAUUGUUUUGACUAGUUAAAUUGAAAUCUAAAUUCAAAAUCAUAUGAAUAAGUACGUUUCUUUGAAGAGAAAGGCUUAGUUAACAUUCAGCUUUAAUUCACAUUUAUCUUAGAUCUAUGUGAUUGUAACAGUUUCCAAUGCGAGAUCUAAAAUGGUGGUUUUAUCUGAUUUGUGCAGUUUUUGCAAAGUUGUUUAACAAAUUCACUAUGACGGAUGCUAUUGUUUGUGCUGCUUGUUAUGGCUAGGUAACAUCACUCUGUGUAGAAUAACAUGAAGGUGUCAAUACUUACAUAUCAUAUAAACUAAGUAUGAAAAUAACUGGAAUAAUAAACAGAAUUUGAUGAGUAUAUAGGGAUUAUAGUAUUAUGAGCCCCAAGCACUAUGUGAUACAGUAUCUCCUCAGUAAUUCUAUAAUGGGUUCAGAUAAUUUAUCAUUCUACAGUAUAAAAUGAUAUUUUCAAAACUACUUUAGCCAAAAUACAACAUAUCAUUUUUUUACACCAAUUAACAGCAAGAAAAUACUGUGUAUUUACAUGUUUAAGCUUUUUUAUUUAUGAACAGAAGAUAAAAAAAGAUUAGUGUAUGUACGACUGUACGUACUGGAUACACAUGAGCAGAGCAACUAAUUCACAUAUAGUAAUUGGAAAUUUAAUUUUUGAAAGUUCCUGUCAUGCUUUUGUUAUAUUAUGAAUCUAGUUACAUUGAACAAAAUACUAUCAGUAGGCCAAAUGAAACUUCUUUGUGUAAUUAGGGACAUUUUAGUGAAAUAAUGUCAGUUUUGUCGGGCAUGUGAGUUGCUUAUUUUAUUAAAUUGUAUGAAAGUACUUUGCUAUCAAUGUAGUUAUAUCUUAGUCAGUUUUUUCAUUUUAUGUUGCUACUUAAAUAAUUGUUGAUGAAGAUACUUUGAGAGUAAUUAUGUAUUUUUAAAAUGUUUUUAUUUCAUAAACUAAAGACAAAAGUAUGGUGCUGAAAGUUUAAUUUUAUAAUUUAGUUAUAGUUGAGUUGCCAAGAAUAUAUUUUGGACUUUUUUGUUUUAAGAUGUUUUGCUAAAUACUAUUAAUCAUAUUCAUGAAAUGCUAGACAUUAUUUUUGUUGUUAUUGCAUGAAAAAGAUAUUUUAUUGUACAUAAGUGGCUUUUAUGUAAAUAAUUUAAUAAAAUUACUGAUGAAGUAUUUUCACAAACAGAAAUCCACCCAUCAUACCAAAAAGACCAAAGAUAAUGUUAAUAGUAAGUUUUAAAUCAGUUUUAACCUGUAGUAACCUCUGUCACUGCACUUUUUUCAGGUUACUUGACAUAAACAAUUAACCAAUUGUUUUGUUCCCUCUCAGGUAAAAAUUUAGAGUAAAGUGCAUGAAGUUACAAAAAAGCAUAAAUUAGUACAUAACUGUUAUAUUAUAGUUAAAUAUCUUUUUAUGAAUUGUUUUACUUCAAUAUUGAUUACCUGUAUAGUUUUUAUUUUUUUUUAAAGCAAUUUAACCCUUUAGAUGCUAUAGACUAUAAUAGUGUUGCAUAUAAUCAUCCUAGAGACAAACACAUAAUUGGAUGACAUUUAUAAAAUAUUCCUUUCGUGAGCUCUAGUGGGUAAUGAAUGGCCUUGAACAGUAAAGUAAGGGCAAAUUUUGUAAGGAAGGUGGAAGCACUAGACUGGUAUGGGCGGGAAGAGGGCAGUAUUUGGUUCCUCAGGUGAGAGGAUGUUGAGCACAACUGUGAAUCAAUAACUUUCGGUUAUUACUGUUAUUAGCUUUAACACUAACUCUUUUCUUAUUAUUCACAUGAAAACUAGUUUCAGCUGUCUUAUAUUACAAAUGCUUUCCUAUCUACAAUUUUUUAAUGUAUUCAGGGUAUUUCGUUUAAGUUGUCUCCAAUUAAUUAUUGACAAAUCAACUGACAGAAUAAGACAAAAUUAACUAAUACCUCCAAAAAUGAAAUAAGGAAUGAUAAUAUUUUAAAGCAUCUUAAAUCAAGGUGUAUUAAAAACAACGAUGCUAUUACAAAUUGUAACCAAAAUUUACUAAAUGCAAGAAAUUUAAGACAUUUUGAUAGAGUUGUAAGCAUUAAGGUGUAAUUUGCAAUACAGAAUUUUAAUGGUUACUAAAAAUACAAUUUUUGUGUUUAAAUUAUGAUUACACUUUUAUGUAAGAAAAAACAUUCAUUGCCUAUUCUUCCAAUACAGGCUUUCUUAUAUCCUAGUGUAAGAAAGGCACAGGGCGUGGCUGUUCCUCCCGCCCAAUAAAUGCAUGAAGUGUGGCUGCUUGGAAAUAUCCCAGAUUUUGGCCAAUUUGACUUUUUGAUAAGCAUCAAAAAGUGCUGGGCAUCUUCCUCUAUUCCACACAUUCUGAUUUGAUUCAAUGCUUAAAUUUUGAAAAUUACUUCCCAAUUGUACAGAACGUAAGGGUUAAAAAUGCUAUUCUAAGAAAGUACACGUUUCUAUUUUUCAAAAUUUCUUUCUGUGUUUGUGAUAAAACUAGGAAAGUCUGAAACAAUCAAAAACAUACUAGGAUGUUUUAAUUCUUAUAUCUGAUUUUUUUUUAGAAAAUACUAAUAAAAGUUAUUGUUUUUAGUUAGAUAAUGAAGUGUUUGUAUAAUAACAUUCCUUUAGUAUGUUACCCCUCAGAUAAAUCUCAAUUAUGAUUAGAAUACUUUAUUAGUUAGUUUAGAUUACAUUUUAUUAUUAUUAUUGUUGUGUUUAAAAGAUAUAUAACAUUAGAGUUUGUUUCAGUACUAUCAACAUGAGAUACUGUAAAUACUGUACAAUAUAUAUAUAUAUAUACAAACAAUGUUUGGAAGUUUUCAGCACUGUUGGGCAGUUUGGUUUGUUUGAGUUUUGAAAGCAAAGUUAUGUUUGUAUUCAAUAGACUGAUUUUGAUAAAAUAAAAAUACAAUUUGGAA